CUCAGCCCUUAGGCUAUCUUAUAAUACUGCACUUCCUUAAGCUUCUUUCUUUCUUAUUGCUGUUUUUGGUUCUGCUACUCACUGUUCUUGUACAAUAUGGCCUCUUUGGUACCUGAAAAUUGGUCAUGCAUGAAUGGCCCUAAUCAUGACUUCCAUAACAUGGAAGUCUCAGAAGUGGAAACUGCCCUUCUCAUCUCACUACUUGAUGAAUCACAAGGUGACGAUAUUUGUGACGAUGAAAGAUUAAGGAGUGUAAUUCAAUCUCUGGAAGUUGAGAUCGGUCCUCAAAUGGUCGACGAUGUUCAUAACUCAUUUGUGGAUCCUUCUUACUAUACCAAUAUGGCAUUGGAAGAGGGUUGCUCAUUGUCCGAGGGUGGGGUACACGCGGACGGUCAGGAUUGUUCCUCAUCUUGUGAUCUUGAUCAUACCUAUUGGAUGGAUAUGGAGAUGAUGCUUUCCUCACCUAGUGAUUGCAUGAUCAAUUGGUAUUUGGACUCCUAUGGAGAGGAUAUGGAGGGUAUGGGUAUAUUUGAGUUUGGUGUUAGAGAUUGUUUUUCUUUUAGUUACUAUGGAAAUUGUAUAGAGGACCAUGAGUAUGGUUCUUUGUGGCAAGAUACAAAUGAUUCAGAGAUGGACAGCUAAGAUUUUGCCACUCUUAUGAUCAAAGCCUUGAAGCAUAAUGAAUUCUGCUAUUUGUUAUAAAUAUUUUAUAAUUGACAGUCUAGACCCUUAAUUUUUUAAGUUUAUUAUUUUCUUUAUAAGUGAU